GGGAAAAGAGCCGCAGACCUUGUCAAAGAGCUAUCUACCGCAGGAUCCGAUGCUCUUCCCCCUUACAAUGAUGAGCAGGUCCGCCUGGUGCUCGAGGAGAUUUCAGAGCACUCUGCCACCCUCCAAGAGCUCAGCGGGGUGCUGAACGAGAAGAAGAGUGAAAGAGAGGCCGAGCUGGAGGAGAGGGGGGAGGAAGGCACGUCUGUCAGCUUUGCAGACUUCCCAGAUGAGACCAGCGCCUUCAUCGUGCACCACACCAGCAUCCUGCGCAACAAGCGCCUGCUGCUCACCUACAUGAAGGAGCGCAUGGACAGAAUAAAGCGGCUGAGGUGGCAGCAGCGCAGCCUGCCAGAGGACAUCAAGCAGAACCUCAGCCAGGCAGAAAUAGAGUGGUUCAACACAUACAGCCAGCUGCUGAGCGGAUACAUGCGGAAGGACACUGGCAUCGGCAUGGACCUAACUCUGGAUGAGUCACCGCCGAAGGACCCGGACAUGUACGUGCGGGUGCUACGGGACUACGGGGAGGUGGCGUUUAGCAUGGGGUCCGUAGUGUUGAAAAAGGGGUCCACCCACUUUCUGCCACGGGCCGAGGCAGAUCCGCUCAUACGAGAGGGCGUUCUC